AUGCCGGCUUACCCGCAGAUUUCGAAGCAGUUGACAGCUCUUUCUGCUCUCCCUGCUCUCCCUCCCCCGCGCGGAUUCCAGCACCUCACCCUUCAUCUCAUCUCCCAUCAGCACUCUGCUCUCCCUGCUCUUUCUGCUCUCCUUGCCCACGCUGCUCGCCCUGCGCGCCCUCCCCCGCGCAGGUUCCAGCACCUCACCUUCCACCGCCCCAUCUGGGAGGCGCGCGACGCGCCGGUGGCGGGGCAGACGGGGCUGAUCGAGGCGCUGCUGUUCGAGGUGGGCGACCGCGCGCGCAUCGGCCACACGUCGCCGACGGGCACGCGGUCGUUCUGCUGCACGCCGGAGCUCGUGCGCAAGACGGGGUGCAACCCCGGCCACCUCAUCGUGCGCCCGCGCGACGACGACAGCAAGUGGCCGCGCGUGGUGGAGAUCAACUUCAUGGGCAACGACAGCGCCGUGGAGGCAGCAGCUUCGGAGAUGCACAUAACGCGGACGGGCAUGUACUACCUGUGGUUCGUCAUCUGCGAUAAGAACCUGGCCGAGGUGUCCGUCACGGGCGGCACCGUGUGGAAGAACCCCUCAGGCUACCUGCCCGGCAUGAUGACGCCCUACCUCAACUUCUUCGGCGCCAUGUCCAUCGCGUACCUGCUGCUGGGCUUGCUGUGGCUGGUGCAGUACGCGCGGUUCUGGAGGGACGUGCUGCAGCUGCAGCACUGCAUCACAGCGGUGCUGUUCCUGGCCAUGGUGGAGAUGGCGGCGUGGUACUUCGACUUCGUCAACUUCAACGCCUCGGGCUACCGCCCCAUUGGCAUCACGGUGUGGGCCGUCAGCGUGGGCGCCGUGCGCAAGGCCGUGUCGCGCGUGCUCAUCCUCGUCGUCGCCAUGGGCUUCGGUGUCGUGCGCCCCACCCUCGGGGGGCUCUCGGGCAAGGUGGUGGCACUGGGAGCGGCGUACCUGGUAGCGGCGGAGGGGCUGGACGUGAUGCAGAACGUGGGCGCCAUCGACGACCUCAGCAGCGGCGAGCGCGUCAUCCUCGUGCUGCCCGUCGCCGUGCUGGACGCCGCCUUCAUCCUCUGGAUCUUCACCGCCCUCUCCAAGACGCUUGCACAGCUGCAGGCAAAGCGCACAACACACAAGCUGGAGCUGUACCGGCGCUUCACCAACAUGCUCGCCCUCUCCGUCCUCAUCUCUGUCGCCUGGAUCGCCUAUGAGAUCUUCUUCAAGGUGACGGAUCCGUUCAACGAGCGGUGGCAGGCGGAUUGGAUCACGGGGUGCUUCUGGCACGUGCUCACCUUCGCCCUGCUCUGCAUCAUCUGCAUCCUCUGGGCGCCCUCCCAGGCCUCCACCAGGUAUGCUUAUUCGGAGGAUGCUCCCGAUGAGGACGAUGAAACGGUGGCGCUCACCAAGGCGGUUGCAACAGCAGCAGGCGAGGCAGAGGACGGAAUGGAGGAAGAUGAAUUGGAGCAAGGAAAGCUGGAAUAA